UCCUGUUUAUAAUUAAAAACUCCAUAAAAGGUUGACUGCUGACUUGAGUUUUCAUUUAGGAAUUACAUAGCUGAAUUCCUUGGCGACCUUAAAUUAAUAUAUAUCAGUCUUUUAAAGUGAUUUUCUUGUCACAGUAUACCAUUGAACCUGUCUGGGUCUCAGUUUCCUUAUUAGUAAGAUGAAGGGGGUGGGAUUAGGAGGUCUUUGAGAUCCCUGUCAGCUUUAGGUCUAGUCCCAGUUUUUCAGAUGUUUACUGUGUUGAUCUACCCUGAGCUGGUGCUGCUCUGUCUUUCCAUCAGCAAGGAUGUGAUGGUGCAGUUUCUUCUCUGUGGGAGCUAGGUAGUCUUCAGAGGAAGAAGCCCCCUCCCCCCCAAAAAAACCCCUCCAUUUGUAUUCUGAUUAAAACCCCAGCCUGCCACAAAUGAGAGAAGCCCUUAAGGAUUUUUAAGUCAUUCCCUUGAGCUUUGGAUCUUGCAAUAUUUGAGGAGUUUGAAUUUUAUCUAAAAUCUCAUCAUCUGUGAACUACUAUCAGCAAAAUGGCAAAGGAGCUGAGGUUAAGAUAUCUUCAUAACUUCUAUAGUGCCCUUAGUUUUCAUGCAUUCAGGAGUAAGACAAGUCAACAGGCAUUCUAUUAAGUGCUUAUUAUGUGGCUUGCAUUUCUGCUCUGGGGUACAGAUGCAAAAAAAAAAUGACCCUGUCCUCUAAGAGCUUAUAUUCUAACAUGAGGAAAAACAAAAAAUGCUGAGGAGGAGUAGGUAGGUAAGAAUGAAAAGAAAUAUUUAUAACUAGUGAAACUGGACUCUUUAACAUUCCUUCCUCUAGCAAGGAAAAUAUUGCCACAUGUAAACUGAAGAUAAUGGCACUCCUCAUGCCAUAUAUCUCUUCGGGUUGUUGUGAAAAGAGUACUUUAGAUAUUAUAAAGCAUCAUAUAAAUAGGAUAUAUCCCUGAAAUAAUACUUGCCUAGUAUCCUGUGAAUUGUCCAGUCUGAAAUGGAGAAGGAAAAAAAGGAGACUUAAAAAAUUUAUAUAUAAUAAAGACUCAACUUAAAGCUUAUUCUAUACUGCCUAAACCAAAUUCAUCAUAACCUUUAAAUUCUAGUAUCUAUUUAACUACUCUGGGAACACUAUUCUUCAUGUGCUUAAUUCAUUUCUACUUUUGCUUCUGUUUUCCUCAGCUCAACUGCUUGGUUUAGAAAAGGGAGUAAAACACAACAGCACUUUCUUUUUUGUUGUUGUUAUUAUAAAGAUAUUUUAUUUUACCAAUUUCAUGUAAUAGCAAAUUUCCACAUAAGUGUUCCAAAGUUAUAUGGUUUAAGUUGUCUCCCUCCCUUCUCUUCCCCAUUCUGGAGCUGGCAAGCAAUUUGAUCUGGAUUAUACAUGUAUUAUCAUGCAAAACAUUUUCAUAUUGUCAGAGAAUAAUAGUAUAAAACCAAACUCCCAAAAUAAAACAAACAAACAAACAGUUGAAAAAUCAUAUGCUUUCAUCUGCAUUUAGACUCCAACAGUUCUUCCUCUGGAGGUAGACAGCAUUCUUUGUCUUAAGUUCCUCAGAAUUGUUUUGGAUCAUUAUAUUGCUGAGAGUAGCAAAGUGUAUCACAUUUGAUUGUUCCACAAUAUUGCUAUUACUAUAUAAAAUGUUCUUCAGGUUCUGCAUAUUUCACUAUGCAUCAGUUCAUUUAGGUCUUUCAAGCCCUUUCUGAAAUCAUCCUCAUCCAGGACUUUUUGAAUGAUUAAGUAGAAAAAUGGCACCCCGAUGAUGAUCCUUCCUUUGGACAGUUGUUGACAUGACCUUGCAGGCCACUUAGUAGAUACUGGUGCUACCUACUCAAACUAUGGAGUUCAAGAUGAUGCUAUGUUUGCAAUUAUUUCCUCAAAUAUUUUUUCUUUUUUAGGUAAACAUAGUUUUGCUUAGAACAAAAAUUUUGGCAUUGAUGGACAUUGACUAUUUUUUUGCAAGGUAUAGUUCAUUUAAAGCUUUAAAAUGAAGUAAUGAGAGAGAUUAACUGGAACACUAUUAUGCCUUCCCUUUGAGAUGUCUUAAAUCCUUUCCCCAUAUGAUUUUUGUCCCUAUUAAAUCAGUUCAAUUACAAAUAUUAUUUUGUAACUACUGUCUGCGUGCCAGCGAUACAAAGAUAGAACACAGAUUCUUCCAUCAAGGGGCUUAAACUCUAAUGAAGGAUGAAGUUUGUAUGGAGAAAGAUGUGCAGAAAAAACUGAUAUAAAGGGGAAUGAGAUGAAUAUAAAGGAGAUACUAUCCAGAGGGUAGAGGAUCAGAGAAGACUUUAGGGAGAGGAAUAAAUGUAAGUUGGGCUUUGAAGGAAAGGAAUGUGUUUAGUAAGAGGGAGAUGGAGUACAAAAGAGGCAUUCCAGGUUUUUUUUUUUCAUUUUUGUUUCUCUUUUGGUGGGUUUAGGAUACAAGGAAUUUGUGAUCAAAGUCACAAAGAUAAGAGGGCAAGAUGAAGACAUGGAUGGAAUUGUCCAAUAUGUCUGGAAUGGGAUAUGUGAAAAGAAAAUAUAAAGGAUAAGACUUGAAAUAUGGGUUGAACAGAUUGUAGCAAGCUUUAAAUACUAGGAUCCAGAUUUCAGAGUCUUAAGAAACAUAUUUUUUCUUCUUUGAGCAGCAUAUACAGACUCAAUACAUCAUGUUUUCUAAAACUGUUCAUUAUAAAAAUGAAAACCACAGGGAAGAAAAAAAAGUGCUUUUUUUUUUUUGAAGGGGAAACUUUGGAAGGAUUGAAAACACAGAGAAAGAUACACAUUCUAUAGUAGGCAGUUACAUGUCCACUUAAUUUAAAUCAUAGACAAUAGUUUGUAUAGUAAUUUAGAAUUUAAAAUAAAUGACACUUUCUAUUAAUAAAACAUGGAAUAAUUUAUGAAAUAUUUUCUACCUAGUAAGUUCUUUUUUCUCUUUGCAGGGAAUAUUUUCUUGGAAAAAAAAACUUCACAACUUCCUCUUAGUAAAAGAAAAGAGUGAAUUUACUGAAGUACAGCUUAGCAAGAGGUGUUUUAUCUGUAAGCUUUUUUAUUAUCUCAAGAUGGCAAAGUGGAAUCAGAAAAACAUUUAGUGAUUUGGCCCUGAGACGAGACCCCAAAGUUCCUGACUCCUAACCUAAUGUCAUUUAGAAACCUGACUUUGCUGCCUCUUCCUUCAAUUUAAGGCAUGACCAAGUGUGAUAGAUGCCUAUGAACUUCCUGGUCACUUUCCUGCAUUGGAAGGACACCAAGAAAAAGAGUGCAUCCUGAGCAGAACUCCACCCUACUUUAGCUCGUAAACUAACUCAUCAGUUCCUAGGAGACCCACCCUCCUGGCCGAGAUUAGGAUGGAGACCCUUUCCCAAGAUUCUUUGCUGGAAUGUCAGAUUUGUUUCAAUUAUUACAGUCCUCGACGGAGGCCCAAGUUGUUAGACUGCAAACAUACCUGCUGUUCUGUUUGCCUCCAGCAAAUGAGGACGAGCCAGAAGGACCUGAGGUGCCCCUGGUGUCGAGGUAUCACCAAGCUUCCUCCGGGGUUCUCCGUCUCUCAGCUUCCCGACGAUCCCGAGGUGCUUGCGGUCAUCGCCAUCCCGCACACGUCAGAGCACACUCCAGUCUUCAUCAAACUUCCUAGCAAUGGGUGUUACAUGCUCCCUUUGCCCAUCUCCAAAGAGCGAGCGUUAUUGCCCGGAGACAUUGGCUGCCGCUUGUUGCCGGGCAACCAGCAAAAGUCUGUCACCGUGGUGACCAUCCCGACAGAACAGCAGCCUCUGCAGGGGGCGCUGCCUCAAGAUGCAGUGAUGGAGGAGGAGCCAGACCGGAGGGGCGUGGUGAAAAGCUCCACGUGGUCAGGGGUGUGUACCGUGAUUUUGGUGGCCUGCGUCCUGGUUUUCCUGCUGGGCAUCGUCCUCCACAACAUGUCUUGCAUUUCUAAGCGCUUCACUGUGAUCUCCUGUGGCUGAGGAAGGCCACCAAGUAGAAUUCCAUGUGUGUGCCAACUUAGGGGUUGAGAAGGUAUUGGUGAUGGGAUCACAGUGAGGUGUAUAAGGCAACACUGACCAAUUGGUGCAGGGCACUGGGCACUGGGUGAGCCUCUUGAUAACCUGAAGACGGACCCAAAAGGCGGAAUGCAGGACCUCUCAACAAGAUACGGGGCAAACUGUACUGAGUGAUGGUCACAGCUUGGAAGGAGAUUGCAUGCAUCACCAUAAUAAUUUAUUAAAUGAACUGUAAUUUAUGAUUUUAUCAUGGUAAAACAUAUUCUACCUAGAUGUUAUACUGUACAAGUAUAUAUGAUGUGAUCUCUAAAUGCAGUAGAUUAAAAUCAAAAUGCUAUGUAUAGAAGUAGAAUUAAACAUGAGAAUCAAUGUAACAGGUAUGCAAUGCUGGUUUCCUUUUUUUUCUUCUUUUACUUCUUUUUCACAUGAUGGAAACUGUUGUAAAACAAGAACUCAGUCUUGAUUUAGUGAUAAGGCCUUUUUAUACCUUUGGAAUUGCACCUAAAUUAAAAUAAGUUAAAUGGACUAUAGUUUUUCAGAACAAAUAAUUGGGGUGGGGGGAUUGUUUCAUGUGUGAUGUGUUGUCAUGCACUAUCCUUUUGUCUUUAUCUGUAGUUAAAGUUAUAUGUUUGUUAAAGUACAAAGCCCUAUAGGGAAGCAAUAAAAACAAAUAGCAAGGAAGGAGAGAUUUAUUACUGUAGAAAAUUUGUGUAUUUUUUUUCCUCUCAAGCCAUUUUGUGAGACAAGGAUCAGAAGUGUAAAUAUAUGUGUGUGUAUAUACAGAUGUGCACACACCUGUGUGUUUUAUUUACCUCAGGUUUUAAAAUCUUUUCAGUAAGGAUUUGGGAUGCUAGACCUUUAUGGACAUGAGGGAAAUUUUUCAAGAAGUUACAUCAUGGGAAAACAAUUAUUUUUAUGAAGAAAUGCACACAUAUCACCAUAAUCCUCUUCUCCUGUAUUUGAGUUUGGCGUUGGAGAUAUGGCAAAAAUAAGAGGUGAUAUUUUCAUUUUCCCCCUGGAAUAUUAAAUGGUGGUAGGUAUGGUCAGUUUAUAAAAGAUCUGGGCUUAUGGAUAAGUACCCAUUACAGGAUGGUUCUUUGGAAGGCAAUGUGGGCAGGGUGACAAAGCCAUUUAGAGCCACAUUUUUAAAAAUUAUUGGUACAAAAAUAGAAGAGCAAAUGUCAGUACAAAAGAAAGCACCCAUAUGUUAAGAAAGGUGGCAAGGUAAUUUAGCUUCAUACAUUCCUAUUUGAAAUGAAAAAUUCACUGUAUAGUAUGUCAUAUUUGUUGGCAUUAUUAGGCCCAUAAAGGAGGGCCUAAUAUUUAAUGAUAAAUCUUUAGCCAUUGCCAUUUUUUUCUAACCAAAAAAAAAAAAAUAAAGCCACAGGCUUGACAAUUCUAAUUUUAUAUGGAUUUGGUAAAGCAAAUAACAUAUGAAUAGGACUUAACUUGUGAAUAUCUCUCUUCGUGUUCCACUGAACCAAGGAAAAUGGGGAGAGAUAGAAACUGACAGGCAAGUCCCUAAUAACCACAUUUGGAAAUGUAGUUUGUAAAAUUAUGGAACAAAUUAAUUUUUUUGUGUUUACUCACUUGAUUAUUAUCUCUCAGCACAUUAACCCUAUGUACAACAAUGUAGUAGAGUUCAUGUCCUAUAAGACAUUGUAAUGACACAAAAAGGAUAGUGUUGGGGAAUAUUGGUGUGACUAUUUUCAUAUUGAUUUCUUCUUCAUGGUACAGAAUUAGGCUUGCUGAGUGUCCAAUUCCUUUCCUUGAGAUAUUUAGGAAAUUUGUUUGGAAAGAAAGAAGAAAUUGGGUCUAAAUGCCAUAUUGUAUAACUCAUUGGGCAUUAUACAACAAAUAAUCUGGGAAUUAUUUGGAAUUACUAAUUUAGGUAUCACAUUAGUCGAAUGCUAUCCUAUGUUAUAUAAUACAGUAGACUGUUGGGUUAGUGUCAAUUUCUCACACUCUCCCAGGAUACUGUAAUGCAUGUUUGACCUAAAUUUCUAACCUAGACAUUUGCUUAUUUCUAUUACAUAAGCAAAUUGGGAAAUGCUGCAUUUUUCUUUUUACAAAGUGUUAAAUUUCAGAAGAUCCUUACACUUCUUAUUUUAAGCCAUGCUACAUUUUUGAAAAUGUUGGAGGCUGAAUGUGCUUGUGUAUAGUGUGUAGAAAUGGACUGCCUUGUAGUAUAACAUAUGACCUAGUAUUUCCCUUAUGAAGUAGGUUAUUUUAGACUUUAACCUACAAUAGGAUGUUGUUCUCUGUUUCUUAGUAUGAGACCCUACAAUAAAAAUCAUUGAAGAACUAGUUCUGACUUUGCACUUACACAAUGUAAAAGUAAUUUAGUCUGUGAUAGAUGGUGGGUCUUGCUACUUUAUUCAACUUUGGGAAAUUGAGAUAAAAAAAUUCUCAUUACUCUUGAAAUGUUUUUAAGUGGAUUCUGCCUGAAGUUAUUUGUGUACCCGUGUAUCAUAUUUAUUUUCAUUUGUGGAUAGUUAGGUGUUUAAAAAAAAAACUAAUGGACCUAUAAAAUUCAUUUUGGCCUCCGAUAUUUGAAUUCACUUCUGCUGUGAUAGUUACCAGUGAUACAGCCAACCCAGCCGAAACUUCUGCUUUCCAUAUAGUCUGACUAAAAUGACAGGAUUUAUGUACACAGUGAUCUUCACACCAAAACAACUUCUUGUUCCUCAAAUGCAGACUUGAACAAACUUAUUUAAAAAAUUGAAUGUUUGGGCUGGGAGGAAUCACAGAAAUCAUUUACACCCAACUCCUUCCUUUAGAAUUGAGAACAGCUCCAGAGAGUAGUGAAAUCAUUUCACAGAGACACUGCCCAACUGUUCUGUAGCAGAGUCAGGAAUAGAAUUUGGGUCUGACUUUGGUCUUUUUCCCUCAUUCCAUUGUACAAGAAAACAGAAGCAGAGUACUUAUUUGUAUUUUAUUCUGCCUGGUUUUCCAUAGGUAGACACCCUCCUGGAUUUCCAAUGGUGAUGUUUUAACUUCAGGGAUCCAGCUGUUUUCUUUGUUUGAUUUAUGAUUUUAUUUUUAUCUUAUCUCUGGGAAGCAAAAGGUUUUUUUUUUUUUUUGGUUAUUUUAAUUGUUAAGUUAAUUGAAAGAAAGUUAAUUGAAAUAAUUUCAUUGAAAGUAAACUCAAAUGAUGUGAUUUUGUAAUGCAGGGUUUUAAAAUUGCAUACUAGUCCUUUUUAUAGUGUUUAAAUGAUAUGUAAAGGACUAGGUGUCUUGUAAAUAUUCAGCAAUCAAGAGCAUGAAGUUUGUUCUUUAUCAGUGAACAUCACUCGCUAUAAAUACAGUAUUAGCAAAAGAACACUCGAUUCAAGAGUAAUUUUUUCAACCCCAAACCUCCACAACAUUUUGCUUGAUCAUGGUAGGUAUGGUCAAUUGUAGCAGGCAUGAGUAAUGACAGUAAAGUUUUUCUGUUUCAGAACACUAAUGCCUGAUGACUAGAAAACUUUAAGAUAUUUAGGUUUCUUUAAACAAAAUGAAAAACUAUGAAAUUAAACUUUAGAUUGAUUUAAAUCAUGGGACCCAGCAGAAGCUGUCAUCAUAUUCUAGUUAAUCAUGUUGGCAUUAUUUAUGGAGUUGCACUUUUGAGACUGAGUUAUGAGACCUUAGUUCUUGUGAAAGACUGGGUAAUAUGUAGCUAAAAAUCCGACUUAUUUUCCUCUUGGGGCUAUUGAUGGACAAGUAUUUAAGGGCAAAGGUCCAUUGAAGUUCCUCACAUGGUUAUUAGUUAAUUUGUGUCAACAAACAAAACAGGCUUCAAAUGUCUCUUAUUCCUCUCUCUACACAUGGGAUUUUUUAGCAAAGGUAUGAUAAAAGGCUUAUUAGACAAAUGUGUGAUACCUCUUUGCCAAAUAUCUUGUCAUUAAGCAAUGGCUCUAAAAUGUUUUGGCUUACAAGCUGUGCAUGGUCUAUGAUGUGAAAUUGUUUCGGAAUUUUGUGGCCCCCAGAUUAAUGUCUAAUGAAUGAGUAAGGUAACCUAUUCAUCUCUCACUUAUCUCCUUCCCUGCUUCUAGGUGCAUUGGUGUUUUAAUAAGAUGCAUUUAGCUCUAGUCAGUAUGAGAAUUCAAGAGUUAGAGCAUUUCUGAAGUGUUUUAUUAGAAAAGCUCUUUAGUUGUCUUGAUUAUUUUUAAAACCUACCAGCUAGAUGUGGUUGUGCUAGGUUUGCCUGUGUAUAUUUGUAUGUAGAUGUAUAUGUAUAAAUAAAUUUUAGAUGCUAAUGGAAACAAAUACUAUUUUGCAUUUUAAAGAGAGGACUAAGUAGAGGACUUUUCAGAUUUAUAUUUCAUUUCUCUGUGAAAGAAUUGAGGAUUUGUAACCUCCCAUUGAUAUUCUAAUAAAUUCCUUCCCUUGUUUCAUUCUCAUAAUACUUGAUUCAUCCUAAGGAGUUUUCUGAUUUACAAAAACAAAACAAAACUUCACUAUAGGAAUACUUCUGUAACGAACAAAGGACAAAAUUGAACAGUCCAGGGAUGAUGGUAAUUAGAUCAGAAAAUAAGAAUUCAUGUCAUUUUAUUCAUCCCUAUAUGAAGACCAACUUCUCCCCUAAAGGCUAUACAGUAUGAUAAUUCUAGGUCUCCUGUGUCUUAAAAGGAUAUUUUCCAUACUUCCCUUUAUAGUCUAUUUCAGAGUAGUAAUAUUUAUGUUAAAAUGGGUUAAUAUCUUUAUUAUUUAUUGUGUAGAGCUAGGAGGUACGAUGGAUAGAAUCAAGAAGACCCAUCUUCCUAAAUUCAAAUCUGACCUUAGAUUCAUAGCUGUGUGACCCUGGACAUGUCACUUACCCUAUUUGCUUCAGUCUCCUCAUCUUUCAAAUGAGCUGGAAAAGGGGAUGGCAAACUACUCCAUUAUCUUUACCAAGGACCUUCAAAAGGGGUCAGGAAGAGUCAGAACACAGCUGAACAACAAAUGAUCAUUAUCCUGAAAUAUAAUAAACUAAGCAUUUGUUUUAUUUUUCUCCCUUUUGGAUUGAUUUGAUUUUUCUAUGACUUGUCACUUUUUUAAAAGAUAAGGUCAAAACUCUUCUCUAUGCCAUCCUAUUAGGAAUUGACUUCCUUUCUUGGUUUUCUUUUGAAUUGUUCAGAACAAGUACUAAUUUUGUUAAUAUUUUAGUGGGGCUAAUAAUAGCUAUGAUGAAAAAGUGAUAACUCAAGAAUAGUCUUGGGAUUUUUAUAGCUUUAAGACCUUAAAGAAUAUCUACUCCAACCUCCAUUUAAGCCAUUUAACUCUGUAAGUCAACUUAUAAAGGAAAAAAACUGAGACUUUAGAUAUAUCAAACCACUUGCUUAAAGUCAUACUGCUAGUUAGUGUUAGUAACACAAUUUGUCAUUUAACUUCAAUAGUUUUUUUUUCUUUCUGCAGAAACCCUUGGCACUUCUAAUAAAUAAUUAUUUUUAGAAGUGCAUUUCUGAGAAUUAUAGAUAAAUGUUUUGAGGUUCUCCCUCUUUUUUUAAAUAUUUGUUUUCUUUACUGGAUCUCUGAUUUAUUUUCAUUUGACUUUAUUUCAUUGGAAGCCAUACAAGAAGAGAAUGCAUUAAGAAAACUCAUUUCUUAUCCCCUUCAGCCAUGUCUUCUCCAGAUCCACUUUAUAUCUCUUACCAAAUCCUUUCUUUCUAGUAAUUGAUUUCGCUUAGACUGGAACUUGCACUGCUUUGAAAAAUGUAAUCCCCAAAUAGUAUUUGUUAAGCAUCUGUUGGGUUCAAAAUGUUAUUCUAGGUGCCAAGAACACAAAGUCAAGAACAAAACUGCCCCUGUCCUCUAGAAGCUUAUAAUCUAACGGGGAAAUACUAAUGCAAAUAGAUAAACCAAAUGAAAUGUGUAAAUGGAUGAAACAAACCCGUGGAUCCUGAACAAAGAGGGCCAACGAUUGAUGGGCUACUUGUUUUUAGUAGAGCUAGCGUCUUUUGGUUGCUCUUUUCAUCAGUGCCCUUAAUAUAACCUGGAUUUUACACUUGAAAGACAAGAGGAAAAUGAAGCUUAUUAUUUAUUUAGUUCAAGAAGUAAAAAAGGUUACUUGGCACUAUGUAUUUUAAGGCUGUACAUUGGCUGUCAUGCUCUUCUGCUUUUUUAAAAUCUCAAAACAUUUUUGAAGAGCAUAUUAGUGGAAAUUAAAUAGAUUUUUUGACAUAGCCAAGCAUCAGAAUAUAUGUUUAUGCUUUAGUUCCAUGUACUGUAAAAGUUAUAAAAUAUGUCAACUGAACAGGUUUUAGUUUUUAGUCAUGUGCUGCCAAUUAUGUAUAAAAUCCGGAUGGGAAUGUGGUACCGCCAGGUUGUGAUUUUUACGUACUUCAAUGAGUUUGGAUGUACAGAUAAUUUAUUAGCCAAUUGUUGUGGGCUCUUUUGGUGUCUUUAACUACUGCAGGGAGUGGGUAUGUAAUAAAAAAAAAUCUAUGUGUUUUUGGAGAUUUUGGUCAUACUGUAUCAAUUUUUGGCAAGGCAGCAAUUGUUCAAGGCAGAAUAUAACCACAUUGGGAUUUAAUUCUUUGCCUCCAAGUGGCUUUUCGGGGGACUCUUCAGUGAAGAUGGCAGCACGUGACUUUUGUUGAACUCUUGAAGUGUGAAUGAUCUUUUAAAGUUUACCUCACAUUAGAGGCCAUUGUUUUGUAAAAGUGCAUUUCAGAGCUUGCACUGCUGUGUAUUUUCACUUAAAAGACACCAUGAUGGUAAAGUGGGUUCUGUGCUCUCUGGAUAAUACUACAUUCUUGAAAUCAAAGUUAUUGUUAGUAUUACUAGUAUAUUUUAUGGGCAAUCACUUUGCAAUAUACUGGGCAAAAUAUUAAAGGACCUUUUAAAGUUUGCCACAGUGUGACUUUUUUUCUUAUUCUUGAAGAUGUUAUGAAACAACACAUCAUAAUUGACUAUAGAAAUAGUAGUCCAAUUAAAAAAAAUUAAAUCUAUUCAUUUGUAGCAAAUUCCCAAGCAUAUGGGCUAUUGUGGUAUCCAAGGCUAUUUCCAAAGGGGCCCUCACUUUUUAAUUUAAAGUUUACAGUCUGAUAAUCCUCAAGUAUUAACAACAGAUAAUAUCAGUGAGGAAAAGAGUGGAAAUGGAGGGAAAAGAUCAAAGAGGCAGGUGGUGCCAUCUAUGCUAUAUUUUAUUAGCAAUGAAUUGCAUGGUGGCACUACCCUUGUAUUGGUUCUAAAAUAUUCUUUGUAGGGCUUUUCUGAGACUUAGCCUGACUAUGGGGUAUGGUUUAUCCAAAGCCAGUGUGUGGGGAAGUACCCUGUGAGAAGGAAAACAAGUCCUUAAAAGUAGUAAAGUCUAGUAGUAAUGGCUAAAAUAAAUUUUGCAGUUGUUCGAUUCUAAGAUGACUAGCAAAAUGCAAUUGUGGGGGGAAAAACUCAUAACAAAACUAGAUGGGGUACAGAAGCAUCUGUUCAGUAACCCUCUUGUGUCAGCCAGGAUCUUAAAUGACUUGAAAAUGAAUAGCAUGUUCAGAAUGUGCUAACUGGAGAGACUGAGAGGAUUUGAGUUAUAGAGAAGCUGAGAGGAUUUGAAUUAUGCCAGCAAUCAAAAAGGGAGUCAGAUUGGGCCCCUCUUGUACAGAUUUUCAUUACUUAGGUUGCUAAUACCCUGGCAAAUUUCAGACACAUGACCAAGGCAAUUUGUACUGAACAAUACAGACACCCCCUGCCUCCUUGCACAGCUUAUUCCGUGUUCCUUUGCAUAUUCAUAAAUUGACUUAAAGAGAGAAUUGUGAUUGGAUUUGGGGAAACUCAUUUUUAAAUAUUUUGGAGGUUCUCUCUUUCUCUUUUCCCUCUUGUUUUACUGUGUAUAUGUUUAAAUUAUUUGCUAUAUGCAAGUGUGAAGUUGGUUCCAGUUCUGGGCCACCCAAACUUCUCCCCUAAGUCUUGGAGACUUCACUGCUCCAUUUGUAGAUUCCCUACUCUUCUCUAGUUUUCUCCAGUUGAUAAUAUUCCAGUCAAAUAGCUCAGAUUAAUACUGCUCAGAGGCUGUUAACUCAAGUCUGUGACAUGUUUCAUUUGCAAUAAUGUGGAUAAUUUAUUUUAGAAGCUUUUCUUUAAAGGGCUAAGUAGCCCUACAGAUAUAUGAGCUGCCGGGCUGUGUAGAAAUAUUGUCCAAAUGUUGCCAAAUAUUGACUUUGUAAAGGGGAUAUGAAGCUGCUGUUUAUAAAUCUGAAUGUCUUAAAAGCAUUCUUUGCUUGCUCUUUCUGUCAUAGAUGGUGUCUUAGAAAGUCCUUCGUUUUUUCCCCCACUAAUCCCUAUUUUAAUAUAUGGUAUUUUUGUAUGCCAAACUGAUGUCUUGUCCUUUGUAUAUGUGGUAAUGUUGGUUUUAUGACAACUGUUAAAACAUUUGUUAUGAUUAAAAUUCUUAAAAUGA